ACGGGCUUAGGGCCAGCACCAUUCACACUUUUCCCCUGCUCUGAAGCAGACGGACUGAGUUCCUCUAAUAUUUGUGCUCCUUCUCCCCCACUGCUCUAACACCCUUCUCUGAAGAAGAAACAGCUAUAGCACUGGGGAUAAUAUAGUUUUAAGGCAACUUUUGGCACAUGCAGAUAUCCUAACAUCUGGGCAGUGUUAACAGAAUCCCGGAGGCCCGGACAGACCAGGAGCCACUCGUUCUAGGAAUGUUAAAGUAGAAGUUUUUCCGACUGAUGAGAAGAGCAGAGAGGAAGGAGAAAGAAUAAGCGAGCACAAACCCCCAUAAAACAGAUGCUGGAUUUCAGCUUCCUCUCACUUUUGAAAGCUCAUUGAUGGCUGAUUUCUAAAAGACAUUUUCCUUUGCCCUGGUACUUCUGGCCACAUACUUCUAUUCUUGUCUCCCUAACCCACCCCCACCCCUUUCAAGGAUGGCCUGUCAACUAACUCAAAGAGGAGCUCUCUCUCUGCUGCUCUUCCUCACUCCAGCAGUGACACCAACAUGGUAUGCAGGUUCAGGCUACUACCCCGAUGAAAGCCACAAUGAAGUCUAUGCUGAAGAGGUUCUGCAGGCCCCCGCCUUAGACUACCAAGUCCCCCGAUGGUGUUAUACAUUAAAUAUCCAGGAUGGAGAAGCCACAUGCUACUCACCGAGGGGAGGAAACUAUCACAGCAGCCUGGGCACUCGUUGUGAGCUCUCCUGUGACCGAGGCUUUCGACUGAUUGGUCGGAGGUCGGUGCAGUGUCUGCCGAGUCGCCGUUGGUCUGGAACUGCCUACUGUAGGCAGGUGAGAUGCCACGCACUGCCAUUCAUCACUAGUGGCACCUACACCUGCACAAAUGGGGUGCUUCUUGACUCCCGCUGUGACUACAGCUGUUCCAGUGGCUACCAUCUGGAAGGUGACCGGAGCCGAAUCUGCAUGGAAGAUGGGCAGUGGAGUGGAGGCGAGCCUGUAUGUGUAGACAUAGAUCCUCCCAAGAUCCGCUGUCCCCACUCACGUGAGAAGAUGGCAGAGCCAGAGAAACUGACAGCUCGAGUAUACUGGGACCCACCCUUGGUGAAAGAUUCUGCUGAUGGUACCAUCACCAGGAUGACACUUCGGGGCCCUGAGCCUGGCUCUCACUUUCCUGAAGGAGAGCAUGUGAUUCGCUAUACUGCCUAUGAUCGAGCCUACAACCGGGCCAGCUGCAAGUUCAUUGUGAAAGUACAAGUGAGACGCUGCCCCACUCUGAAGCCACCACAGCAUGGUUACCUCACCUGCACCUCAGCAGGGGACAACUAUGGUGCCACCUGUGAAUACCACUGUGAUGGGGGUUAUGAGCGCCAAGGGACCCCCUCCCGGGUCUGCCAGUCCAGCCGCCAGUGGUCAGGGUCACCACCCAUCUGUGCUCCCAUGAAGAUUAAUGUCAAUGUCAACUCAGCUGCUGGUCUCCUGGACCAAUUCUAUGAGAAACAGCGACUCCUCAUCAUCUCAGCUCCUGAUCCUUCCAACCGAUAUUAUAAAAUGCAGAUCUCUAUGCUACAGCAAUCCAUCUGUGGACUGGACCUGCGGCACGUGACCAUCAUCGAGCUGGUGGGGCAGCCACCUCAGGAGGUGGGGCGCAUCCGGGAGCAACAGCUGUCAGCCAGCAUCAUUGAGGAGCUCAGGCAAUUUCAGCACCUCACUCGCUCCUACUUCAACAUGGUGUUGAUUGACAAGCAGGGAAUUGACCGGGAACGUUACAUGGAACCUGUCACCCCUGAGGAAAUCUUGACGUUCAUUGAUGACUACCUACUGAGCAACCAGGAGCUGAUCCAGCGCCGGGAGCAGCGGGACAUGUGCGAGUGAACUUGAGCCAGGACAUGGUUGAGGUCAAGGGAAAAGCUCCCUUGCUCAGCUGAAACUGGAACCUAAUAAAAGGAGGAAAUGGUUUCCCACAGUUCUAGGGAUAGGACUCUGAGGCGGGUGAGGCUCACCAGUUCUGGGACAUUUCUGGGCAUCUUUUUAGGGCUGUGGAAUAGUUUCCCUCAGCAAGUCUCUGCUUUAAGUAGCACUGGAGGAGCAGAAGCAGCUAGGUCGGGACAGAGGACAGGGCCUGGGCAGCGGAUUGUGGGUAGGUCUUCAUUUCCUAAUUUGAGCCACUACCCAGCUCUCCAAAGUCUUCAAGAGAAGUAAAUCCUAAAUUCAUUCACUUAACUGGCUGUUUUAAAAGGUUCCUCUACCCCUGAGUGACAGCAGAGGGCAGCAGCAUCACAACAGACAGGCAGAAGGCUGUGGCAAGUGUAGCUGAAGUUUCCUGAAAGGUUAACUGUGUCCUCUGAGGUGGGGGGAGCCUCAAAACAUUCUUAAACUUGCUUGACAUUUUCCCUUUUAGGGCGUUGGGCUCCAAAUGUUAUGUUAACCAUUGCUUCAUCUCAGAGUCCAGAAAAGGCUGCAGUGGGAGGGUUCUUGGGAAGAAAACUCAGGCCAGAGAAGACUGCUUUCUCCUGGGUCCUCCAGUUGGCUCAUGGGCAACCAUCUUUUCUUACUGAGCCUCCAGUUUCCUAGAAAAAGGUGGCAAUUGCUGUCCUUUCCUCAGGGAAACCUCACCACCACCACUACAAGCCUCUGGAAACUAAACAGUGGAGAAAUUUGGCCUGGUGUACUAACUCACUCAGAUAAUCACUUUUAAGAGAUGAGCACAGGGCAGGUGGGAGCUGUGGCAGCACAUAGUCAAGCCUUAAGAGCCAGGCCUUAAAGUGAGCUUGAGGCCAGGUGGUUGUGAAGAGGAGCCACACUCAGACCCCAGUUCGGGCUUCAGCUGUACUCAACGGUGUGUCGGUGUUUGGAAAAAAAGCAUUCCUCCCUGUGCUGCAGAAAACCUUCCUUUCUACACUCGUGAAACCCAGUGUCAUAGUUCAAACCCAGCAGCCUUUCUCCCAAAGCUUUUCCCAGGGGGUUGUUGGUGGAAAAUUACAGGGGAGAAGGGGGCAGGCUGGGUGGAGAGGCAGAGCUAAUGAUGCUUCAGCAUCCUCUGUGUGCCAGGGGCCAUUCUAAACAUUCUAUCAAUUGACUGAAAUUUUCACAAGAAACUUGUAAGGUAGGUACUGUUAUUAGUCCCAUUUCACAGAUGAGGGAAUUGAAGCACAGAAAGGCUAGGCAACAUGCCUAAGAUCAGACAGCUAGUAAGUGGCAGAGCUGGGAUUUACACACCAGCACUGUGGCUCCAGAGUCAAUGUUCUUAAACAUUUUAUGCUUCAUUGCCUCUACUUUUUCUACUUUUCAUUUAAAGACAACUGACAGCUCCAAGCAAGGAGAAAAACAUACAUAUAUUCUAUAUAUAAUCCUACUCAGACACAAGACUCAGAGUGGGAUAAAGGAGGAAAAGAGAGAAAUGAAAAGCCCUCAGCCCAAGAAAAUUCACUUUCCAAACCAGACUGAUGGGACAUAAAUCAUGAGCCCAGAACAUAUGGGGGUAGUAGUGAGUCAGAGAGGAGCUAUUUCCACUGAGGCUUUAGUAGAAAUCUCAGUUUUAAAAUGCAAAACAAAAAGCUAGGCAGUUGCUCAGUAGAACAGGACAUGCAGGAAAUGAUCAAACUUGGAGCAAAAAGGUCCCUUCACCCACUUUCUUCCAGGGGAAUGCAGGAGUUAUGAAAGGCAGGAGGCAAGUUAUGGGCAGAAGGCAACAAAAAAUGGGUUAAAGUGGGAAAUCUCUGGUCAGACAGGGUCUGUGGCCCCAAAGGCAAAGACUGCAAAUGAGGCAAGAUGAAUGCCCUUCCUUGUCUUGACCACUAAUAUUUUAAGUGGCAAGCCAGGGCAUGCUAGCAGGUCGAAUGCCCACAUGAUAGCAUGAAGAAGUCCACCGCUUCCAGAACAGAAUUCCCACCUAUGCCUUACUCUCACAUACAGACUCCUCUACCUGAAAAAAAUUCGACAAGCUUGUGUUUCAUUUUAUUGAGCAGUGUUAAAAAACAAAAUUUAUCCAAGUGAAUUUGAAGAUCUAAUUGGCUUUAUUAAGUGAUUCAUGAGUCAGGCAGCAACUCCUCUUGCAGAGAGAAGCUCUGAGGGAUUGUAUAAAAUGGAAGGUUUUUAUAGACAUGAGGGUGGAGCAAAAUUAUUAGGCAAAGGAAAGAAGGGAUUGUUUGGGGCCAGGUCACUUUCUCUUAGGGGAAGAGUAUGGGGUCUUAUGAUAAUGAUCCCACCUUCUUUCAGGGAAGAUGGUGAAGGCUCCUGGGAUGAUCUUAUCAGUGAUGCUGACCAGACGAUUCCUUGACUGACUACAUUUCAGGGUACAUUGAAAUUGUAAUUACGUUCAGUUAUUAUGUCCCACUUUGGUGACUUGGCAGAGCAGAAGUGAGACCAUGUUGGGCCUGUGUCUUUCAUUUUAACAGUAGUCAAGGCAAAUCUUGUUUUCUUCAGGUAAAGUUUUACUAUAACCUCCUUUGGAUUAUGAUUCAAAAAAAUCCCAAGUCUUAAAGUCAGGGAAUGGGGACAGCAACAGAAUCAGACCCACAAGCAGACCCAAAGGGGCAGCCCACCCGCACCCUUGUACAAAUUUGUUUCUGUUUUGCUCUCUGCCCCUUACCUCUCCCUCUGUCUGUCUCUCUCACACACAAACUAGUCAGUCAGUCAGCUGGCUAGGUAACAUCCAAAGCAUUCUGACUGAACUACUUUGUAAACUAAACUUAUUUCUUUGGGAUAUUUUAGUAGACAGGAGUCGCCCCUUCCUUUGGACCUUCACCCAGAACACACAUAUCAUUCUAGCAGGAGGCAGCAUGGUACAGUAGGGUCAGACCUUGAUUUAAAUCCCAGCUCUGUUGUUUAAUAUUAGGCUUAAUUUUCCUCAUCUGAAUAAGAGAAACAUUCCUACUUCAUAAUGUGCUUGGAGAAAUUAGGGAAAUAAUAUAAAACAUGCCUAUCAUAAAAGCCUUGUAUGCAAAAUUUAUUCAAUAUGUAUGAAUGUCCUUAUUCUAUUUUAUUUUUUUAUUAAGACAUCAUUGAUAUACAAUCUUAUGAAGAUUUCACAUAAGCAACAUUGUAAUUACUACAUUCACCCAUAUUAUCAAG